CUCGCGCGCCCAGCCCGCCGGGCGCGCCCCGAGUGUGCGAAAUGGCCGACCAGGGCGUGGCCCGAGUCCCGCGCACCCCUCACCGGCCGCCGCCCCCGGAAAGAGGCGCCAGGGCUUCCGAGUGGAGUGCGGAGGGAAGGGGCGCUCGGCUUGCGGAGGAAGCCGAGGUCGGAGUGGGAAACUAGGGGCGACCAAGAAGAAAUCUAGACCCGGAGCGUCAGGGAAAGGGAAGUGGGGUUGAUGAGGAAACUCGAAAAUUGAGGGGACAGGGAUAAAUAGAAAAAAGCCCAAACGUGGAAGAGAGUAAGCUUACGUUUGGUGAAGUUCAGCAUCCUGGAAAGUAGAGACUUUGACGUAGGACGCUUAGGGAGAGGUGGAUUUAGGAAUCGGGGAAAGCAGGAAGUAGCGGGGCUCUUGGGGGAAGAGAAGAGGGAUGAGGUUUGGGGGGGAUCACUUUGGAGUUACACUAGGCUUUUAAGGAUAUGGCCCUGUAAGACAAGCUUCUAAGAUUUGUAGGCCUGUCUUGAUAGUGAUCUGGGGGUUUAUUUGUGUGUGCUUUUAAUCCUCUAGUUUAGAGACAGAGGUCUCGCUGUGCCUAGGCUGGAGUGCAGUGGCGCGAUCAUAGCUCGCCGCAGCCUCCAACUCCUGGGCUCAAGCGAUCUUUCUGCCCCAGCCUCCGGAGUAGCUGGGACUACGGGCGCGAGCUACCGCGCCCACCUGAGUUUUAAUAUGUACCUACCAAUGUCAGAGAUACACGAAGCUGGACAUUAAAGCGUUGAAAAAGGAUUUUAUUCCGCAACUACUAACAGAGGGGAAAGGCUGAGCUCCAUUCCUAUUUUCACUGAGAUGACUGCGAGUUUUAAAAGGAGAUAAGGAAGGAGGGAGUGGGAAGAGAGGGCUCAAGUAGAGUUAGGGAGGUGAAAAAUUACAAAGGGCUGGUCAUUGUGUAAACGCAAGUAGGCCAGCUGUGUCUCUUAUCUGGGAAUUAUCUAAGAUAAAGUACUAUCCUCCCACAGAGACUGGAAGUCAGGCCCAGUCCUUCCUGGUUACAUUUCAGAGCGAUGGCUUCCACGUCCUUGAGAAAGACACUCCUGAGUUGUAAGAGAUACCACAUUGAAUGAACAAAGACUGAACUUUGUUUACAGAUACCUUUUAUAAAAGAUGUCUGUGGAGUAGUGUUACAGUUCAAAUAACAAAGGAUUUUGCAUUAUGAGAUGAAUGAGAGUGGAGAAUUGGACAAAAAUUGAUUUUUAAUUUCCGAAUUGUGGUUUUUAGCUCACCAGUUAUUGUAUAGUCUCACUAUUUGAAAGUUCAUGCUGAAAAACUGAGUGAAUAUGAUCAGAUUUCUCCACCAAAUUCACAGCCUGAUAAGGAAAAUCCCAUUUUGUCAACCUAAUGAAGCAUUCAAAGAAGACAUAUGACUCUUUUCAAGAUGAACUUGAAGAUUAUAUUAAAGUACAGAAAGCCAGAGGCUUAGAGCCAAAGACUUGUUUCAGAAAGAUGAGAGGGGACUAUUUGGAAACCUGUGGGUACAAAGGAGAGGUUAAUUCCAGACCCACGUAUAGAAUGUUUGACCAGAGACUCCCAUCUGAAACCAUCCAGACCUACCCAAGAUCAUGCAAUAUUUCACAAACAGUGGAAAAUCGGUUGCCUCAGUCAUUACCAGCCCAUGACAGCAGAUUGAGACUAGACUCUCUGAGCUACUGUCAGUUCACCAGGGACUGUUUCUCAGAAAAACCAGUACCCCUGAACUUUAAUCAACAGGAAUAUAUUUGUGGCUCACAUGGUGUAGAAUCUAGAGUUUACAAGCACUUCUCCUCAGGUAACAGUACCAGUACUCAUCAAGCCAGUCACAAACAGAUACAGCAGAAGAGGAAAAGGCACCCAGAGGAAGACAGAGAAAAAUCAGAGGAGGAGCGGUCUAAGCAUAAGAGAAAAAAAAUCUGUGAGGAAAUUGAUUUAGACAAACACAAGAGCAUCCAAAGAAAGAAAACAGAGGUGGAAAUAGAAACUGUGCAUGUCAGUACAGAAAAGCUUAAGAAUCGAAAGGAGAAAAAAAGCCGAGGUGUAGUCUCUAAGAAAGAGGAACGGAGGCGUACAAAAAAGAAAAAGGAACAAGGCCAAGAAAGGACAGAGGAGGAAAUGCUUUGGGACCAGUCUAUUCUUGGAUUUUGAAGCUUUUGAAGUUGGUUCUCCCAAAGUUAAAUUGAAAAAAUAGGUGAGAGCUUGGUUUUAUGAUGUCCAUGUUCAUACCACUUUUCUUAUGUGAAUAGGUUCUUUAACUUCUAACAAAGGCCUAGUGAACAGAAAGUGUUUAGCAUGCUUGCUCUGCAACACAGAAAUUACUUUUCCUCAUUUUCUAAAAGCAUUAUUACAUUUUUUUGACAUAUAGUGUAAUUUCCUUUAAUGAAAGUGACUCUGCUUUUAUUCAUCAAAUUGCUUUGAUGGUGGAAUUAUUUUCUCUUGGGAGGUUAUUUAUUUUGAAUUGGAGGAUUAAUGACCUUUGCACAAUCUGUUUCUUGAUUGGGUUUGUUAUAGUUUUGAGUUGGGUAUUUUAUGUUCAUUGGUUUUUCUCUAUGAAGCAAUUUUUUUCUCCUUUAUUAGAUCUAACUUGCAGUGUAUUUUCUAGGCUGGAAAGUGGAAAAUGAAAUACAUUAUAAUCUUAGGUUACAUAAAGUUUCUAAAGUUUAAAAGAAUCUUGAUACAAAAUCAGUUUAUAUUCUGAAAAUAUUUAUAAUAAAGUAUUCUAAUUUCUA